UUGAGUUUUGUGAUAUUGAAGAUGGGUGGCAUUUCCUCAACAACAUGUGCUACAAACUGUUCUCAGAUCCAAAAACCUGGGACGGUGCGCGACAGGAUUGCCAGGAUCAAGAUGGCGACCUGAUGGUGGUCCAGAACACUAACGAGAUCAAGUUUAUAUCUGAUUCUAUCUCUUGUGGACUUCAUGACAAUAUUUGGCUUGGGCUUUCGGAUAGAAAAGAAUUUCAGGCCCAACCCAUGACUUUCAAAUGGGUGAACAAAGCAGGAUUCAACAAUGCUUUCAGAGGACAGUGGGAUACAAACCAGCCUUCAAAUGUGUCCCUUGGCAACAAUUGUGUCUUUGUUCUGGGAACAUCAAAUUACAAAUGGAGGACAGAUGCCUGUGGUGUAGAAAGGUCUUACAUCUGUGAGCGGCCCAGAGGGUCAUGCCCCAAGGGAUGGAGAAGCUGGAAUGGUAAUUGCUACCAACUGAACACUGCUACAUCAAAACAGAUGACAUGGACAGAAGCUGAUAGGUUCUGCAAAGCUCAGGGUUCCACCCUUAUCCAGAUUGAAACUGCCAAUGAAAGGAAUUAUAUGAGGAGUUUAAUUGGACCAAUGCGAACGGCCAGGGUGACUGAUUACUGGAUUGGCCUCUCUGAUACAACUGCUGACAGUACAAUGAAAUGGUCUGAUGGCACACUCUUGAGUCAGACAGCUGCAGUGUAUAAACCAUACUGGGAAAAUGGCCAGCCAAAGCCAGUGGCAAACUUGAAGGACUGUGCCUACAUACGAAUAGCUAAUAGAUUUGCACAGUGGACGGCUGGAUAUUGCUACAAUAAGAAAGCUUUCAUCUGUGAGAUUCCAAUUUCAAGAAAAUUGGUAGCUACUCCAGUGAACGUGACAUGUGCUCCCAACUGGCGACUGUUCAAGGGCAACUGUUACCUGUUUGUCACGCAGGAGAAGGUUUACAAGGAUGCUGUCGCGUACUGCCAGAGGACACCAGAUGGCACGCGGGCUACACUGACCUCAAUCUUGGAUGAAGAAGAGCAGGGAUUUAUCAGUAACUAUCUGACUGGUUACAGCUGGAUUGGGUAUGAUGAUAUAAAGACUGAGAAGAAAUGGCAAUGGGUUGAUGGAACUGCAACAACCACAUUUACUAACUGGUGGACACCGAGUGAACCCAACAAUCAGAACAAUGAAGACUGUGCUGAACUACUGGGACCAAAUGCUUUUGGGAAAAGUGGAGCCUGGAAUGACAAGACCUGUGCUAUAAAGAGAGACUUUAUUUGCAAAUCUCAAGCAUAUGUUGGUGCUCCCACCACACCACCACCCACAAGACCAUGGAGUCCAUUGUGUGGAGCAGGCUGGUUUUAUGAAUCCAACCUGAAUUUUUGCUAUCAAUUCAACUAUGACCUCCAGAACUAUGCACAGGCCCGAUCAAAGUGUAUCGCAUUGGGAGGUGACCUGUUAAGUAUUGGUAGUGUAACAGAACAGACAUAUGUUUCAGCUUUGAUAUCCCAGCAGACGGGCACUGAUUUUUGGCUUGGUGCCAAUGAUGUGAACAGAGAGGGUGGCUGGGAGUGGUCUGAUGGCUCUCCUUUUAGGUACUUCAACUGGAAUUCUGGGGAGCCGAAUAAUUUCAGAAGUAGAGAAGACUGUGCUAUUAUUCUGACUAAGGAAGGAGGGAAAUGGAACGACUACAAUUGUAACUCCAGGAGUAGAUCCUUGUGCAAAAAAAGUGUUCUUCAAACCACCCCACGUCCUGCUCUUGCCACUACCCCAGCUCCAGUGGACUGUUCCAGCCCAGGGCCUAUGAUCUCUGGUGACCAUUACAUACCAGAUAGAGAAAUAACUGCCUCCUCUCAGUAUGAUGCCAACCAUGGACCUAACAAUGCUAGACUGGACUUCCAGGCAGGAAGAACCAUGAUUCCAUUGAACACCCCAAACAAAGCAAACGCCUAUGUGAACGUGCCUGGACUGAAUCUGAUGGGAUCUCUGUCUGUUACUUUCAAAGUGAAGACAUGCAGGGCUGCCUUUGUGGCACUUUCACCGACCACAAACAGCAAAGAUAGAAACAAAUAUGAAAUUGUCAUCAACAGUGGCAGUGCUGGGUCAACUACAGUGAUCAGGGAGCAGGCAAAUGGCCGCAACCUUGGCACCAAGCUGACACCUACAGUCCUCAAUUGUAACACUUUCCAGGCUUUCUGGCUAAGUUGGGAUGGCGGUCACAUUAAGCUUGGCAGUGGGACAACUGUUGGUCAAAAUGUCCUGGUGGACUAUGCUGACCCAAGUCCAUAUUCUGUGUCCACUUUGUCAGUGAUGACCACUGGGGGAACUGGACAGUGGCAAAUCAGUAAUCCAUACGGUGGCAGAAAAGGAGCCUGGUCUGCCAGAUCAAACAAUGCUAACCAGUGGAUCCAGGCCGACUUUUUGGUGCCAAUCACAGUGAAUGCUAUAGUCACCCAGGGCAGAUCUGACUACAGGCAGUGGGUCACCAGGUACAGGAUAUUAUACAGAUAUGAUGAUGAUUCUCCUUGGAGGUGGUACUAUGAUCCCCCUGCAACUCUCAAGACCUUCACUGCUAACAAGGACCAGAACACCAAGGUGACCAACACCCUGACCUAUCCACUGAAGGCCAGAUAUGUACGCUUGAUCCCUGUAGCAUGGAAUGGGCACAUUUCUAUGAGAUGGGAAAUUUUGGGGUGCAGUUAUGAGGAGUGCAACCCAGAGGGGCUGGUGAGUGGACCAAUAUACUCGGCUAACUCUGCUCUGACAGCUUCAUCCAAGAUAGACAACAACCACCAGCCAUUUAAUGCACGUCUCAACUCUAACACUGGGUGGUCACCAUCUUCCAGUGCAGAUACAGAGUACAUCCAGAUCAAUUUUAACCGCAACUACAGGGUAAGAGGAAUUGUCACCCAGGGGAGGAAAGACGUGAAUGCUUGGGCAUCAUCAUUUAGACUGCAGUUCACUGAGGAUGGAAAAACUUGGCAAUUUUACCAGGAACCAUAUGGCACAACUAAGGUGUUCACAGCAAACAAGGACAAGAAUACCAGGGUGUCCAACUGGCUCAAAUCUCCGUUCGUUGGCCCAGCAGUGCGUCUCUAUCCAAGGGGGACAGCCCAGGUAGCAGUAGGGCUCAGGUUUGAUAUCCUGGGUUGUUUACCGGGAGACUGUCAGCCAGUAGCACUGAUCAAUGGCCCCCACCCCGUCCCUAUUAACAGGCUCAGGGCAUCCUCCAGCUGGAACAGUAACCAUGGACCUUCACGCUCUCUGCUCAAUACUGUCAGACAGGGAGGGAAGGUAGGAGCAUGGGCCAGCAAAGUGAAUGCUGUUGGACAUUGGAUUCAGGUUGACUUAGGAAUCCCAUCCAGGAUAACAGGUGUGGGCACUCAAGGACGUCAGGAUUAUAAUCAGUGGGUAAAAACAUACAGUGUAGCCUACAGCUUUAAUGGCACCAAGUGGGUCAACUAUGGUGAAGGGGGCAAAAAGAAGGUGUUCACUGGCAACAGAGACAGGAAUACACUGGUGAAGAACUACUUCAAAUGGUAUCCCAUAGCUCGCUAUGUUCGUCUCUACCCAGCUACAUGGCAGGGACAUAUGUCUCUGCGUUGGGAAGUGUAUGGAUGUCCAAGUCCAAGUGCCUCGCAAUAUAUGGGAUGCUUCAAUGACAAGCAGACAGACAGAGAUCUGGCUAAUGGCAUUCUGAAAGGUCGUUAUGUGGGUACAUGGUUCUGCACCAGACACUGUUAUGAGACUGGCUAUGUUUAUGCUGCUCUCCAAGGAGGAAAUACGUGUUUAUGUGGUAACUCGUAUGGUAAACAUGGUCCCAGCGCCAUGUGUAAUAAGAAAUGUUCCAACAACAAGGACAUGUGUGGUGGCAGCUAUGUAAAUUCUGUGUGGUCCACUGGUUUAGCACCUCAUGCUGAGCGCUGUGGUGACGGCUGGACAGAGUUUGGUGACAGCUGCUACCAGGCCAGCACUACAAAGGUCACCUGGCCAGAUGCCAGGGCUGCCUGCCAGAAACUAGGUGGUGAACUAGUGUCUAUACAAAAUGCUGCUGAACAGGCUUUUGUCUCAAUCUUUGUCAGAAAUGCAAAAGUACCAAUGUGGAAUGGCUUCAAUGACCUCCAGCAGCAGAUGAACUUUGAGUGGUCCAGCAGUGCUCCUGUCACCUAUACCCUGUGGAACACCAACCAACCAGACAACAACAGAGGACGGAAACAAGAUUGUGUUUUAAUGGUUGUAAAGGAUGGUUCUUGGGAUGAUGUGGUUUGUGAUGUGCCAAAUGCAGGUUAUGUGUGUGAGAAAGGAAAGGAAGUGUUUGACUCACCUAGGACCACACCUACACCAAAGGGUUGUGAUGAUGGUUGGAAAGCAUACUCAUACUCUUGUUACUACUUUGUGCCAUUCCUGAGAAACUGGGCUAAUGCUCAAAGAUACUGCAAGAACUUUGGUGCUACUUUAGUUAGAGUUAAUGACAACAAUGAGCAGGCUUACCUGACCAGUCAGUUAGGAAGUUCUUUUAGUACUGGUGAAGUAUGGACAGAUCUUAGUGACAGUGCCACCCCUGGGACAUAUAAGUGGAGUGAUGGCUAUUCUUCCAUUCCAUAUACAAAUUGGGCAAAGAACCAACCUGAUGACCGCCAGGGCCAAUGUGUUGUUAUGGGAACCAAACUUAAUGCUGGGUUAUGGUAUGACCGUUUGUGUAGGUACAGUCGUAACUUUAUAUGUGAGAAGACCAGGAAAGGCUGGACCACACCCAAACCACCCACCACCCCUCUGUACCAGGGCUCGUGUCCAGCCGGCUGGAGUGACAUUGGGGAUAUCUAUUGCUACCAGUUGAAUGUCCAGCCUGUAACCUACCAGAAGCGCUGGCCAGAGGCCAGAGAUGACUGUGUGGACAAGGGAGGAGAUCUGGCCAGUUUUCAUAAUGCCACCCAGGUGGAGCAGUUGUGGAGACAGUAUAUGGUGGCAGAACCUGGCAACUACAACUUCUGGAUUGGUCUUAAUAACAGAGAUACUAACAAAGGCUACAUCUGGAGUGAUGGAACAGCCCUGCAGUACACCCGCUGGAACAAAGGCGAGCCCAACAACUGGCAGGGCACAGAGAAUUGUGUGGAGAUGAACAAAGCCACUGGAUUAUGGAAUGACAGACGCUGUGAUGCUACCAGGAACUGGGUUUGCAAGCUGAAAAAAGGUGUUACUCCAAAAGUAGUUAUCACAACUCCUGCUCCACAACCAGAGGGAAUAUGUGGCUCCAAUGACUGGAUCAAGUAUAAAGGACAGUGCUACUACUUCAGCAGUGGAGUGAAUGAUGGCAGUAAGGACUGGUAUGAUUCCAGAGAUUUCUGUAAAGCUCAGGGAGCAGACUUGGCCACAAUACACAAUCAAGAUGAGCAGAACUUCCUUCAGGGACAGCUUUUCAACACCAGUCGGCAGUACAUGUGGAUUGGUCUAAAUGAGCUGGACAGUACAGAUGGAUACAAGUGGGCUGAUGGUUCCGCGGCAAAUUACUUCAACUGGGGACCUAAUGAGCCUAAUGAUUAUGGUGGUGAAGAAAAGUGUGUUGCCUUCUAUAUUCAAAACACUGGCACUGGUGGUUUUCUUGGGAGAGGUGAAUGGAAUGAUGCCAGAUGUGGAGUCAGAAAGGGAUUUAUCUGUAAGAAACCAGAGAAUGGUGUUGUUGCCACCCAGCCACCCACUCCCCCAAUCCCUGCCAGCUGGGGUUGUCCUGUUGGCUACUCAAGCUUUGGCAACAAGUGCUACAAGAUCUUCACUGAUAACAACAUGAACUGGACUGCAGCUAAAUCCUUCUGCCAAGGCCAAAGUGUCAAUAAUAUUCAUUUUGAUUUGGUAUCCAUUGCUGAUUUUGAUGAGCAAAGUGUUACUCCAAAAGUAGUUCUCACAACUCCUGCUCCACAACCAGAGGGAAUAUGUGGCUCCAAUGACUGGAUCAAGUAUAAAGGACAGUGCUACUACUUCAGCAGUGGAGUGAAUGAUGGCAGUAAGGACUGGUAUGAUUCCAGGGAUUUCUGUAAAGCUCAGGGAGCAGACUUGGCCACAAUACACAAUCAAGAUGAGCAGAACUUCCUUCAGGGACAGCUUUUCAACACCAGUCGGCAGUACAUGUGGAUUGGUCUAAAUGAACUGGACAGUACAGAUGGAUACAAGUGGGCUGAUGGUUCCGCGGCAAACUACUUCAACUGGGGACCUAAUGAGCCUAAUGAUUAUGGUGGUGAAGAGAAGUGUGUUGCCUUCUAUAUUCAAAACACUGGCACUGGUGGUUUUCUUGGGAGAGGUGAAUGGAAUGAUGCCAGAUGUGGAGUCAGAAAGGGAUUUAUCUGUAAGAAACCAGAGAAUGGUGUUGUUGCCACCCAGCCACCCACUCCCCCAAUCCCUGCCAGCUGGGGUUGUCCUGUUGGCUACUCAAGCUUUGGCAACAAGUGCUACAAGAUCUUCACUGAUAACAACAUGAACUGGACUGCAGCUAAAUCCUUCUGCCAAGGCCAAAGUGUCAAUAAUAUUCAUUUUGAUUUGGUAUCCAUUGCUGAUUUUGAUGAGCAAAUGGCUGUAACCAGUUUGCUGAAGAACUACAAGGGUAAAAUCUCCCAUGUCUGGAUUGGACUGAGUUAUGAAGGGACAAAUGGUCAAAGACAAAAGCAGUACUAUUGGUCUGAUAAUUCCCCACUUAGAUUCACCUACUGGGAUAAAGGAGAGCCUAAUGGGCAAGAAAAGGAACCUUGUGUUGAGAUGUAUAUUGAUGAGGCCCGUGCUGGCCGCUGGAAUGACAAAGCCUGCAGCCCUGCCAGAUCUUUUAUGUGCUCCACUAGGCGGAAUUCAAAAUGGCCUGUGUCUACACCCUCCCAGAAGGCUUGUGCUGAUGGCUGGUACCCUUACGGCCAGAGUUGCUAUCUUGUGGUCCAGCAGGCAAUGGGAUGGGACCAGGCCAAUGCUGAGUGUAAAAACCGCCAAGGAACUCUGACUUCAAUUACCAGCAUAUUUGAGCAGGGAUUCAUUUAUAGCUACAAAAACAGUAUUGUCAAGUAUUCUAGGCCCUUGUGGCUUGGCUUACAUGUAGGGAGACUGGACCAUCGUUAUUCCUGGGCUGAUCAGCGUCCUGUACUCUACACCAACUGGGAUACCAAUGAGCCAUCUGAAAAGACUCCUACUGAGGGCUGUGUCAUGUUCAAUAACAGUGGCAAGUGGAGUGAUGUUGCCUGCAACCAACAGCUCAGUUUUGUAUGCAAGAGUACAGGUGCUACUGUACCAGCCACGUGUGCCAACACAGCAGACAAAGCCUGCUCCAGUGCCAUCUGUUCAUUCCAAUGUCCAUCUGGAUGUUCUGCUUCCACUGCCUCAGUGUGGGGCACAGGAGUUUACACAGACGAUUCUUCCAUCUGCCGGGCUGCAAUCCAUGAUGGCCGUAUACCAGCUUCUGGUGGACAGGUGACUAUAUCCAAAACCAGGGGAGGAACACGCUUCAGUGGAUCAGUGAAAAAUGGCAUCACGAGCAAAAGUUAUGGGGCAUGGCCAGGAGCCUUUGAAUUCCUUGAUCCAGACCAGCCACCAUACACCCUGCCUCCCAUGAAUGGCACCUGCCCCGACACAGCAGACUGGGUACCCUACAGCAAUGGCUACUGCUACCUCUUCAGGACAGAUGCUUCUCGUAGCUGGUCAGAGGCUGAUUAUGAGUGCUCUCGACUUAAUGGCAAACUAAUUACUUUACAUAGUGAAGAUGAGACCAGUUUUGUUGUGGCACAUUUCUCAGUGAAAACAACAGGGAGCUCAUGGGGAGGACUCGUCAAAGACUUGAAAGGUGGUUGGGGCUGGAAGAGUGGAGAACCUCUAGAUUAUGUGAACUGGAAUGAUGGUGAGCCGAAUGACUAUCGUGCACCUGAUAGUGAUGAGCGUGAAAACUGCAUGGAAUUGGUGCGAUCAGGAAAGUGGAAUGACCUCAACUGCUUUAACAAGAGAGGUUAUGUUUGCAAGACAUCACAAAUCAGUGUAUCUGCCCUGAGCACCCUUCCUGUUGGUGUGGCUGGUCCAGUAACUUCCACCCUGUCCACCUUACCAGGAGAAGCAGUGGAUGCUAAUGGAGGAGUCAAUGGCUCAACAAGCACAGCAGGCCCCAGUACCACCCCGUGUCCUCCAGGAGACAGAAGCUGUGGAGUAAAUGUGAACCCAGGAAACAAUGGAAAUCAACCUCAAGUGGACUCCACGCCAGAAGCUCAGGUUGCUCCCGUCCCAAGUCCUACUUCUGUGUCAGUUGGGGAAGUGGCAGGGAUUGUCAUAGGAACACUAGCCGUGGUGCUGAUUGCUGUCUUUGCCUUGUUUUACUUCUAUCGUUCUGGAAAACUACAGGGACUGAAAACAAACACAGCAGGUGGAAGCAUAGCCUUUGAUAAUCCAGCAAAUGUUAGUUAUUCGAAAAAUGAUAAUUCCUUGAGUAUUGGUUCACCAGGAUCUAGUGACGAUGCAUUUGAAAAUCCACUCUAUUCCCAAGCAUAAUAGUAAUAAUGAUAAUAAUUGCCUAUAAAGAGGGAAGUGGCUGUGUCAUCUUGCACAUUGUAAUUAUGAUCAUGCAGGUUCAUGCCUAUUAAUAUAUAUACGUAAAAAUUUUUAAAAAACUACAUAAAAAUGCUAAAUGUCUCAUCAAUCAUUUUAUAGUGAUAUUUAUUUAGUUAUUUAUGAGUUCAUUUAUUUAUUACAAAACCAUUAAGGGUAAUUAUAGGAGAUGUGUCAGAAUGGAUUGGUCACGUUUUUAUCAUGCAUCAUCUUCUUACCAAUUUUGAAAAGAUUUAUAUAGUAUAAGCUUUCUUAAAUUUUUUAUGAUAAAUACUUGGAAGGCAAUGUUGGAUUUCUGUAGAAAUGAUGCUGUUAAAUGAUUGAUUUUAAUGGAAAAUGGUGCAAAAGUACUUGAAUUAGACCCCAAAAGAACUUCUCAGUUCUGACUGACUUGUAUAUUUAUUGGUUUUAACAUUGAUUUCAUUCAAAGACUUACAUGAUAUUAGAAUUUGAGGCAUAGAAAUUGUUCUUAUGUACUAAAUUUAAUUUUUUAAUUUUUUUUCUUAUAAUUUUCUAAUAGAUAUUACUGAAAGUGAAAAAUACUCUUUAUCAGGGUAUCAGGGUUGUACAAAAAUUGCUUUCUGAAGUACUAUGAUUGUUGAGACGACUGCUUGAACGUAAUAGUCUGUACAUAUCUUGUGAUGUUACUGCAUUAAAAGUGAUUGCUUUAAAAUUGGACAAUACUAUAUACUGUAUGAAAUAAAGACAAAAAUUAAUUA